AUGUGACCUAACAUAAUCGGCACUCGGGGACGGCUGGGACCUGUCAAGCACGUGACAAUUUUUUAUGUUGCAUGCCAACAUCUAUGCAAAAUUGCGUACGAUCAGCACUUUCGAAUUUGUUGAUUUUUUCUUUAAAUUCCGCGCUGUGCAAUUUUUGUGCCGCCGCAAAACGGUGGGAAGUGAGUUGUGACUGCAAAAUAUUUUCACACACGACCCUAGUUCAAAUAUAAAAUCGGUCUACGCAAAACAGAUCGGAUCAUAGCAAAAAAGCAGACGCCAGUGUCACUCUUUUGUCCACCCAUACGGAUUAUUGCCGCCCACGGAUUUUUUCAGUGUGGAGAAGAUGGGCGAGGGGCGAGGACGCCACACUUGCCGGGUGCUAUCCACCUGCUGCGUCCUCUGCUGCUGCAUUUUGGUGCACCACGGAUGCGGUGCGCAGAGUCACCCUCCAGAUGACCACAGUGCCAUCAGCGAUCCAAUGCAAGAGUUGCUCAGACGCUACGGCAAUGGUACUGUUAUUACGCACGAAGGACUGGAAAAACUAUUCAAAGACCUUAAGAUUCCGCAUCACCAUCAUCACACUGAAAAUGAUUUGAACUUGAGCCAGGAAAAUGAUCAUCAGAAUGAGCUGUCUGUCUGCAAAUGGCAAGAACCUAUUUCCAGAGAAUCAAUUGCAAGUGAUUGUCCUUCGUUAUUGCUGCGAAUCGUCGAGCCGUCCCUUUGCAAUGAGAAGCACAAAAACAAUAACAACCCCCUGCCAGGCCACAUUUGGAUGUACGCGGUGAUCAGCAUAGUUGUGAUAUCAGCGUGUGGCCUUCUGGCCGUGGCUGUCAUUCCUGUGAUGCAGAAACUCUUCUACCAACAGAUGAUUCAGUUUCUUGUGGCUCUUGCCGUUGGUACCCUGUGUGGUGAUGCCCUGCUGCACUUGUUACCACAUGCCAUGACUGGAGGUCACAGUCAUGAUGAGGAGAGUAGGAGGAAUGUUUGGAGGGGUUUUGUAGCUCUUGUUGGAAUUUUGCUAUUUUUCUUUAUGGAGAGGUGUCUAACAGUUGUGUCAGAGUGGAGAAGAAGGAACCAAAAGAAGAAAAAGCAACUGCCGCCAAAGGUGAAAGUGAUGAGAGAUCCGGAGCAAUUGCAAGGAAACAGUGCAGUGGGUGAAAAGCUUUGCAAACACAAAUAUAGUUCCUAUCCAUACUGCUAUGAGGAAAUCACAGGCAAAGCUGUUGCUGAAUCUGGAGACAAGAAGGUGGAGCCGGAGGAAACUGUGGCCGAGAAUGCUACUGAGAAAAGUGAGGCCCAAUCUCCGGUGCUGAUAGUCAACCAAGAGCUCAAGGUGGUCGAGGAGGAACCUGCCGAGAAUGGCGAAGGCUACACAGUGAUAGUUCGAGAACACGAACGCUCACACCACGGACACUCUCAUUCGCACGGUCAUGUGCACUCUGCACCUUCAUCUCUAAGCUCUGUGGCCUGGAUGGUCAUCAUGGGCGACGGACUCCAUAACUUGACAGAUGGCCUAGCCAUUGGUGCUGCGUUUGCUGGUGGCCUUACCAGUGGUUUUUCAACUGCCACUGCCGUGUUUUGUCAUGAACUUCCUCAUGAAUUGGGUGAUUUUGCGGUGCUGCUGAAAGCAGGAAUGAGUGCCAAAGAAGCUAUUUGCUACAACCUGCUUUCAUCCUUCUUGUGCUUUGUGGGGAUGCUGAUAGGAAUUACAAUAGGCCACUCUGAAACGGCUGCAGGAUGGAUUUACGCUGUGGCUGCAGGAACUUUCCUCUACAUUGCGUUGGUGGACAUGAUCCCAGAGUUGACAAACGGCCAUUCCUCAGGCUCAUGGCUACAGACACUGAUCCUGCAAUUGUGUGGUAUGUCUUUCGGGGUAACCAUAAUGAUGCUGAUCGCCUUCUAUGAAGAGAAUUUGCAUAAUUUGUUUAACGACUGAAGCAGUCACAUCUCAACUACGGAGGCCUAAUUUUCAGAACAUUUUGCAGUAUUAAUUUUCGUAAUCAUGAGGCAUUUCAAUUUAGAACUCUCAUUUUGCAAUCUCUAAUUUUUAUUGCCAUUUACAAAAAAAAUACCAAGGGCCUCUUGGUUUAAAAUGGUGCAUUUUUUAUUUGGCCAUGUUGUACAGUCAACGUAGAGUCGAUAAUUUGUGUUUUAAACAAAUAACACGAUUUUUAUUUUACUUGUUAUAUGAGUUUGUUCCUACAAAAUUUUUUACCAGUUUUGAACACAAGAUUUGAGUAGAGAAACAUAUCUACCGAUCAUCAAACAGCAAUAUUUUUUACGAUUGACCAAGCGUGAUAAAUCUCUUUGGCAUUAACAAAAUUAUGCAUUUUUAUAAAAUGGUCUGGUUGGUUAGUUUUCUGACUAGCAAACUUGUUUACUUAAUUAGAGGUUAGCCAUAGGAAGCAUUUUGUGUAUGAUAUCAUUCAUUAAAAAUUUAAGUCAAAUGUUUUGUA